UCCCAUUCCCGUACUCUAGUGUUUCGAAAUUUCGAUGGAGGUUAUUGACUUAUUGAUAGUGUCAAUUGAAACAAGAUUGGAGAGUUUUUAUUUUGAGUUAUGGUGAUAGUGUCUGGGGUUAUGCAGAAUACUAAGAUUGAGAUUGAGGGCAUCAACAUUUCCAUCUGGUAUUGAAUAUAAUGACAGAUCACCGGAAACCCAAGAGGUACAAAAAUCUUUUGUCAUGGUUUACAAGUGGUGCUCCAUCAAGUGAUAGUGUCGAUGGGAUUAGAAGUGGGAGUGGGAGUAGAAAUGUGACUGAGAAUUCUGUUAAUGAUGUCCCUUUAAACCCUUCUCCAUCUAUUCCAUUAGAAGAGUGUCAUAAUGAAAGAAUUGAGAGAGAAGAAAGUUUUGAUGUUAGUUCUCUUGAACGUGAUCCAGGAAUAAGGCGUCCAAUAUGCAAGUACCCUUUGAAUGAGCGUGAUAAUAUUCAAAGAGCUUAUGUGGUCUUAGGACCGUAUCAACCUCACUUAAGUUUUUACCCAUUAUCAUUUGACGAAGGUCAAGGUCGAAAAUUUAAUCCUAAGUGGUUCAAAGAAUGGCCGUGGCUUGAGUAUUCCGCAGAGUUGGACAAAGCAUUUUGCUUCCCUUGUUUCUUGUUUGAUAGUUACCCAUCCCAUCAUCUAGCAUUUACUAAGCAUGGGUUUCAAGGUUGGAAGAAUAUUAUGUCAAAAAAAUCUGGCAUUGUCUAUCACAUGGGAGGCAUAAAUUCCCCACAUAAUAUUUCCAUGCACAAGUGGGAGUCACUAAGAAACCCAUCUAAGCAUAUUGAAAGAGUGAUUAGCACACAAUCAUCACAAGAAAUAGCAGACCACCGACUCCGGCUUAUUACAACUAUAGAGAGUGUAAGGUUGUUGGCACGCCAAGGUUGUGCUUUUAGAGCCCAUGAUGAAUCGGUUAAUUCAUCAAAUGGUGGCAAUUUCAAUGCGGUUGUGGAUUCCUUUGCAAGAAUGAAUAUGGAUGUUCGCAGAGUCUUACAAAAUGCUCCUGGUAAUGCCAAGUAUAUUUCUCCCCUUAUGCAAAAACAAAUUCUAAAUAUACUUGGUAACAAAGUUAGAAUCAAGAUUCAGGAGGAAGUAGGAGAUGCCAAAUUUUGUAUCCUUGUUGAUGAAGCUGUUGAUGUAUCUAAUAGGGAACAAAUGGCUAUCAUUCUUCGAUUUGUUGAUUGUGAUGGGUUUAUUAGAGAACGGUUUUUCAAAGUGCUUAGUGUGGCAGACACUUGUUCUCAAACUCUAAAAGAUGAGAUAUCUAAAGUCCUUACUCAAUAUGAUCUUCAAGUAGAAAAUAUGUGUGGGCAAGGAUUUGAUGGUGCUAGCAACAUGAGGGGUGAAUUUAAUGCUAAAGGGGUGCAUGAUAUUUGGGAAUUCUUUUCAACUCUAAGUUUGAUUGUAAAUUUUGUUGAUUCUUCUGCAAAAAGACAUUCAGCUUUGAGAGUUAUCAGAGAAGAAGAAAUUGCAGAUUUAGUGGCUACUGGAGCACUUGAGACUGGUAGAGGUGCUAAUCAGACUUGCACUUUGCAACCAGCAAGGGCUACUCGUUGGGGUUCACAUCUUCGCUCAUUUCAAGUUUGA